AUAAGCGAAUAUAUGUGCAUCCGCCCAACCUGGCUCUUAUAAAUGUGGCUGCAGAAGGUCGGUCCACUCCAGCAGUCAUCACAGGAGCUUUUUCCAGAGCCUGAACAGUGACUUGUGGUAUCUUCAGCUUUUAUCAGAAGAGACAUGGGCUUCUUCAAAUUAUCUGCUGUCUUCUUGCUCUCACUCUUGCUGUGGGAGGUGCACGGUAACAGCGAGCCAAAACUGAAUUGUCCUCGGCACAGCUCUCCUGGAUACACUUCACCGUGUGAAAAGACCUGCGCCAACUUACUUGAUCCUCCUGGACGCAUUUGCACUAUGAAGGCAAUAUACACCUGUAAAUGUGACGCAGGACUCGUGGCUCAGAUCGGGACUUCUGGGGAAUCUGUACAGUGCGUCAAACCAGAAAAGUGCAAAGUCCCCUGUGGUCCCAACCAGCACUAUGAGUUCUGCGGAUCCGCCUGCCCACCAACAUGUAAAGAACCAAAGGGCCCUAAAAUCUGUACCGCAAAUUGUUCUUCAAAAUGUGUCUGUGAUAAGGGAUAUGUUCUUUCUGAAAACAAAAAAUGUGUAAAAGAAAGAGAAUGUAAAAAACCGCACGAUCACCCGCAUCAUGACUGAUCAUGCUGCAGAUAGUAUAUUGUUCUGAAAGAGCAAUGACAUUAUAUGUUUGAAUGUAUAAAGCAGAUGAAGCAGAGCUGAAUGUGUUAUUAAUCUGUUUCUUUCAUCCACUCUGAUGAUACAGCAAAUUGUGUAUCAUCAGCAGUUAGCAAGUUGAGCUCUGCUUGAUUUCCAGAUGUUCAUCCUCCAGUUUAUUUCUGCUUGGCUUCUGUAAACCCCUUUAAGCAAUAAUAAAGGUGUGCAAUAAUA